AUGUCCGCGCGAUUUGUUGUGAUCAGCUGGUUUCUCUACAGGCGAACCGCCUUUUCUACGUGCCUUUAUUCGGUGUUGCGUAACUUCCCGUUUGACUUCAUCAUUGAUGGGCAGCAUAUCAUAACGGCACUGAGAACCAGGUCCAGAGGAGGACGGCACAGACAACCUGGGCAUGUCAACAAUUACAUUGGCUGCAUGACUCUCGGUUUCCGCUACAGCCUGACAGGCUUUUCGACGUUCGAUAAUCAAAGUUCUGUGAUGGUCUUGUCAAUCAUCCGAUGGCUCAUGGCUGUAGGCAAAAAAAAAACGCCCUCUGGUUCCGAACAAUGCUUCUCUUAA